UUAAUGUCUAAUUUGUAAUUAUAAACUGAAGAAAAUUGUGAUAUUAGUUUAUCCUAAAUCGAAAAUAUGCUAGACUAAAGUGAAAUUGAACCUUAGACUAAAUGUAAAAAUGUCGAAACAAAAUAUUGUAAAUAUUAAUAACUAUAUUAGGUGUUAAUACAACCGUGAUAAGCAUAAGUAACUAAAUUAAACUCUUAGGAGAUGAUUUUAGUGAAUUCAAUGUACCAAGUCAUUAUCUUCCUCCUAAUAUUCAAGUUGGAAAUGUAUUUACAAUAACUUUUCAAAGAAAUAGAUCAGAAGAAAAUAAAUUUAAAAAUUAGAUUGAAUAAAUCUCAAAGAGUGCAUUAAAUGAUAUAUGA